ACGUGGCGGAGCCCCGCUUGGCUUCUAAAGAGAGGCUGUCCGGGGCCCAAGACCCCGCACUUCCGGUCCUUUCACUUCCGGCUUCCCGGGUAGGGUGCAAGCGCCGGAGGCCGGGUGGAGAGGUCGCGGGUGCAAGUGUCCUCGGCUGUUGGUUGCCCGGAGCCUGUGACAGCUGCAGCUGCUCCCCGCCCACGAGGCGUGGGGGAGGAGACGAAGGAAAAGCUCCCGGUCGCGCUUCCGGUCCCUUCUGGCUCGGGCCGACGCGAUUCCCGAGUGUUGCGACCGGGAGAGUCUGCGACGGAGCUCUGCCGGCUUCUCCGCUGACAGACAGGUUUCUGCCAUGGCUCAAGAGUCUCCCAAAAAUUCUGCAGCAGAAAUUCCAGUAACUAGUAAUGGAGAAGUUGAUGAUGCCCAUGAGCAUGGCUAUAAUAGGGAUUUGAAGCAUUCAUUACCAUCUGGACUUGGACUCUCAGAAACUCAAAUAACAUCUCAUGGCGUUGACAGUACCAAAGAGGGGGUUAUUGAAGCAGGGGCAUCCCAAGGUCCCUCAGCGCCACCUUUGCCAUGUGUUCUGUCUCCCAGCAGGGUGGCAGCUAGUCAGCUGACUCAGCAAGCAGGUGACCUGGCUGUUCCUGCAGGUGGCCAAAGAACACACACAAAAGGUGGACCAGUUAUUCUAGCAGAUGAAAUUAAAAAUCCUGCAAUGGAGAAGUUAGAACUUGUUAGGAAAUGGAGUCUCAACACAUACAAGUGUACCCGACAAAUUAUAUCUGAGAAACUAGGCCGUGGCUCAAGAACUGUGGACCUUGAACUUGAAGCUCAGAUUGAUAUAUUAAGAGAUAAUAAGAAAAAAUAUGAAAACAUUCUGAAACUGGCUCAGACCUUGUCGACGCAGCUUUCCCAGAUGGUGCACACCCAAAAGCUACUUGGAGAUGCAUUUGCUGACCUGAGUUUGAAGUCUCUAGAACUCCACGAAGAAUUCGGCUAUAAUGCAGAUACACAGAAGCUGCUGGCUAAAAAUGGAGAGACUCUUCUUGGGGCCAUUAAUUUUUUCAUUGCUAGUGUGAACACCUUGGUGAAUAAAACAAUUGAAGAUACACUAAUGACUGUAAAACAUUAUGAAAAUGCCAGAAUUGAAUAUGAUGCGUAUCGCACUGAUUUGGAAGAACUGAACCUUGGACCACGUGAUGCAAACACUCUGCCAAAAAUUGAGCAGUCACAGCAUCUGUUCCAAAUACAUAAGGAAAAAUAUGAUAAAAUGCGCAGUGAUGUUUCUGUCAAAUUGAAAUUUCUUGAGGAAAAUAAGGUUAAAGUGUUACGCAAUCAGCUGGUCCUUUUCCACAGUGCCGUUGCCGCCUACUUUGCUGGGAAUCAGAAGCAGCUUGAACAGACACUUAAGCAGUUCCAUGUCAAGUUGAAAACCCCUGGAGUGGAUGCCCCGUCUUGGCUUGAAGAACAGUAAACUCACCUGGAAAAGGAACAGUGUAUUGUUAAACAACUAAUGAACUAGUAAGAGUUAAGUAGUGUUGGGGAGGCAGUGAAGUGACCACCGUUGUAGUGGCUCUUGCACAGAUAGCUUUUAUUUUUCUCUUUUCAUACAUAACAAUUGAGCUGUUAAAUUUGAUGGGAAGGUAGGUGAUUUUUAUCUAAACAUAAUUUCUAUAAUUCUAAACAUAAUAAUUUUCCUUUUUGAGAAAUCCCUUUUGUAUUGUGAGGGCUGAUGGCUAUUUCUGUAGUUUGAAAUAUUUAAUAUAGAUUUGCACUGACAAGAUAAAAAUUCAAGGCUUUUUUUGGUCCCAGAAAUGAGGGCCAGCUGUAGUUUUCCAAGGAACGUUUACGUGAUUUGUAUCAAUGUCAGAUAUUUUAUAUAUGAAUAUAUUCAACAUCUUUAAGAAGUUCAUGUUCAUGUAUUAUCUUAAAGAAAAAAGAAACUAUUUUGCAGAGUAAGUUUUAUGGUGUCCUGCAGUGUCAUACAAGAGACAGCUCGAAUAAAUGGUUGAUUAGCCCAUAGCUUGUUGCAGGUACACUUUAAAAAUUAAUCUGUAAAACUGUAAUUUUGCUUAGAUAUUUUAAAGGCCCAGGAAUCACACUGUCAUAAUUUUUAUGACAUGUAUAAACUUAUGAAUUUGACAGUUGUGGUAGCAAUUUUGAUUUAUAAUGAAAUCUGCCUAAGAGGGGUAGGUUUGGGUUUUUUUUUUUUUUUUUUAACAUGUGGACAUAGAAAUGGAAAUUCUUAGCAGUUUCUAGAGUAGACAUUUUUAGAUUAUAAAGCUAGUUUGGGAGUAAAUUCCGUUUUGAUAAAAGAGAAUUUCCAGACCGUGUUCAUUGGCUUCCAUGUGUGACUAUACCAGUUAAGCCUUAAAUCACAGAUACGUGCCUUCUCACAUGCAGUAAUUCUUACCCAACCAUUGUACAUACAUGAAGAAACCUCUAUGGAUAACAUUUGACUCAUUUGUAACGUUGGGAUUUUUUUUGUCCUCGUAAAACCACCACACUUGAAGUAGAUGGCGAAACCAACUUUUGAAUCUUUUGUUUGGUUUCUCUUGAUUCUUCUUGAAGAAGGGGAUCAUGGGAGGAUUUUUCCCACUUGGGUAAUGAGAAGAUUGAGUAACGUGUAUGGCGGUCAUAGGAAGGGAAACCAGUGCGGGUCACUUGUGCAGCACUUCUGCUUGUGUGUAUGUGGUUGGCUUGUCUACUGUGUGGUUCCUCAGUGAUGUCAUCUUGUUUAAAUGUAAAGUUCCCUUGAUUUUGUCAUACAUAUAAAUGAGUAUUUUCAGAGAUACCACUUGACCUGUUAUUUCUAUUGUGUUGAAAUGAAGUACUUAAAAUUACUGUUAUACGUGAACUUUGUAGACUGUAUGAUGUGUUACAUAUGUCCAAUGCCUUUUAGCUGGCCUUUUUUAUUAAUAUGCCUGUUUUGAGUGCUUAAUACAGUGUAAUGUGAUUGUAAGUCAUGAGCCUAUUUUAAAUCAUUCCCUCCUGUGUAUGUGCACUCUGAGAGAGCUCAUUUUAUUCUUCCAGCAGAGUAACUUGUGAUGGUUAUUACAUUCCCCAGAGUGUGCCUCUGGUGGGAAUUCUGUCUUCUUAUUAAAGUGUCUGCUGCAGUA